GGUUUGUCGGUUCGCUGGGAGGGUCUCGGUGCUUUGUGCUCGGCGCCUGCGGCUCUUCUUUAGGCACCAACAGCGGCGCGGUAGUCAGAACACGGGCCUCGGACUAAGGCUUUGGGCGAGACGACAUGGCCCGAACCAAGCAGACAGCUCGUAAGUCCACCGGCGGGAAGGCGCCCCGGAAGCAGCUGGCCACGAAGGCCGCGCGGAAGAGCGCCCCCUCUACCGGCGGGGUGAAGAAGCCGCACCGCUACAGGCCCGGGACCGUGGCUCUGCGGGAGAUCCGUCGUUACCAGAAGUCGACGGAGCUGCUGAUCCGGAAGCUGCCUUUCCAGAGGUUGGUGCGAGAGAUCGCGCAGGACUUCAAAACCGACCUGAGGUUUCAGAGCGCGGCCAUUGGCGCGCUGCAGGAGGCCAGUGAGGCGUACCUGGUGGGUCUGUUCGAAGAUACUAAUCUGUGUGCCAUCCACGCCAAGAGAGUCACCAUCAUGCCCAAAGACAUCCAGUUGGCUCGCCGGAUACGGGGAGAGAGAGCUUAAGUGAAGGCAGUUUUUAUGGCGUUUUGUAGUAAAUCCUGUAAAAUACUUUGGUUUAAUUUGUGACUUUUUUUGUAAGAAAUUGUUUAUAAUAUGUUGCAUUUGUACUUAAGUCAUUCCAUCUUUCACUCAGGAUGAAUGCGAAAAGUGACUGUUCACAGACCUCAGUGAUGUGCGCACUGUGGCUCAGGAGUAACAAGUUGCUAAUCUGCAGAAGGGAUGGGUGAUACUUCUUGCUUCUCAUGACGCAUGUUUCUGUAUGUUAAUGACUUGGGUAGCUAUUAAGGUACUAGAACUGAUAAAUGUGUACAGGGUCCUUUUGCAAUAAAACUGGUUAUGACUUGAUCCAAGUGUUUAACAAUUGGGGCUGUUAAGUCUGACCAUACAUCACUGUGAUAGAAUGUGGGCUUUUCAAGGGUUGAAGAUCCAAGUUUUAAACCACAGUGUAACUGUUUCCUAAAAAAAAAAAAAAAGAAAGAAAACCUGGCAGCUAUAGAAUACACUAUGUGCAUUUAUGAUAGCUAUUUUAUAUAUUGUAGCGUCAGCAUUUUUAAAUUAAAUGUUUUACAUUCACAAGUGGUGGGGAGUCUUGUCAUUAAGGUGUGUGUAAUUUAGUCCAGUUGGUUUUCUUCCUACUAGACUGCAGUUGUUUUUGUAGUAGAGAAAUGCUAUGCGCGUUAAACCCUGCGGAAGUCCUCAUUCUACCACAUGUCAACUAACCCUCUAGCUGAUGAUGCCUACACUAACGGGGAUUUUAUUUAUAAGGGCUCUAGGAUAAAUAACAAGUUAUUCACACCAGCAUCUGUUACUAAUCUAGUGAGUGCAGCUUUUCAUUGUGUUGUUUGGUCUUACAUAACUAGGUUGAGUUACUGGGGAGUUUUUUGGUGUUUUUUUUGUUUUUUUUUUUUUCUUUCAGAGGAAACAAGGUUGGGUUUUUUUCUUGUGAAAUUUAAUGUAUAUUUGUGUGGGGGAGGAAGGAGCACAGCUCCAGCUAAUUGGACCUCUGCCAAUUAUGAUGGGUUAUAAUUACAUCUGGUGACUGUCCUGGGAAAGUCCCUUUUAUAGAGAUGGCCUUCCAAGGGGUUUUUAAAUUUAUCCUAUUGAAGUUUCUAGGUCAAUUAUGUAUGUUGACUAAAUUUACAAAUAAAACUUGUUUAUUCAA